ACAGGUGGCGCGUCAGAUUAUGGUAAAGUCGGGCGAGGAGUUCCUCAUUCAUUCUCCUCCUGUGUUUACGCGCAGCAGCGGGUAUCCCAGGAAGGGAAAAAAAAAGAAGAUACAGGGGAACACCAUGGAAACAAGUGAUGUAGAAACAAAAACCCAGACCGGAUGUUGAUCGGGAACACAAUGACUACUUUCUAAGGCUAAUGAUUUUGGAUCCCGUUCAUAGUUUCCACUUUUGCGCGCAUCUCUCCGCUCUUCUGUGAACCCACCCACCCACCCGUCUGCCGCGGGGGUCGCCUCUUUUCAUGUGGAGUCCCGCGAUGAGGAUGGAGACGCGGCUGCUGGUUUGGCUCUGCGCCGUCGCUGCCCUGUCGGGGAACCGGAGCCCCGCCGGUGCUGCGGGGAGAAGCUGCGCUGACACCCGGCAGGUGUACUCGGAGAAGGGGUACAGCACCAACACCGCUCCUGUGACUCAGAUCUCCGGUGAGCACCUGCGACUCUGUCCUCAGGAUUAUACCUGCUGCUCCAGUCAGAUGGAGGAGACUCUGUCCCUGCAGAGUGAGAGGGACUUCCUGAAAGCCAUCGAAGACAACAGCCAGUUCCUCUUGACCACCUUCACCCAGAGACACCGCCGCUUUGACGAGUUCUUCAGAGAGCUUAUAGACCUUUCCGAGAAGUCUAUGAACCAGAUGUUUACCAAGACCUACGGCCGGCUCUUCACUCAGAACACACACGUCUUCCAGGAGCUGUUCGUGGAGCUUCGGAGAUAUUAUUCCGGGGGAAGUGUGAGUCUGACAGAAGUUUUCUCAGACUUUUGGUCCGGAGUUGUGGAGCGAGUCUUCUCCUUGGUCAACCCCCAGUAUCAGUUCGGUGACGACUACCUGGAGUGUGUCAGUAAACACGCUGAGCAGCUGCAGCCCUUUGGAGAUGUGCCUCACAAACUUCGAGUGCAGGUGUCCAGAGCAUUCAUAGCUGCCAGAGCUCUAUCUCAGGGCCUGGCUUUUGGUCGGGAUAUUGUGAAUACAGCAACAAAGUUGACAGCGGAUUCAGAGUGUGUGCGAGGCCUUAUGCGUCAGUGGUACUGCCCCCUGUGUCGAGGCUUGCCCUUUCUGCGGCCCUGCCACUCGCUGUGCCUUAACGUGAUGAAGGGCUGCUUAGCCAAUCAGGCUGAACUGGACUCAGAAUGGAACAAUUUCAUAGAUGCUCUCUAUCUGGUUUCUGAGAAGCUGGAGGGGCCGUUUAACUUUGAGCUCGCAGCGGACUCCAUUUCUGUGAAAGUGUCUGAGGCCAUUAUGCACAUGCAGGAGAACAGUGUGAGCAUCUCCAGCAAGGUAAGGAAAAAGGAGAAUCAUUAGACCAUUGCAUUUAUA